UUCGAAAACAAACAUCAUUCUAUAAACAGUAAAUUCAUAAGCGAGUUUUUUAAUAAAAUUCAAUUUUUACUUUAUUUACGAUUGUAAAAUUGCAACAACAACAAAAAAGAUCUUGUGAUAGAAAAGAAAAAAAAAACCAUUUAAAACAAAAAUUUCUCUUUAAACAAAAAAAAAAAGACAAGAAACGAACAAAUUUUUGGAAUUGCAAAAUAUUUAAAAGCCGUGUAUACCAAUAAAAAAAAAUUAAGCAGACAAAAAGACAACAACAAAAAUAUAAAAGAAUUAAAAGCACAAGAUAAACACGUGAACUAAAACGGAAAAUACAAAUAAAAAACAGGUCCCACUGACGAGAAAAAAAAAAGAACAGUAAAAGAAUUUAAAACGAAAAUCAAAGAAAAACGAGGUCAUUAGCAUAAUUUGGUAAAAAAAACAAGAACACUAUUCCAAAAGUGUGAGAAAAACUGCAUACGGUAUUUUUUUUCCAGUAAAUGGCAUUUGGUCUAGUUUUAUUUUAAAAACCAUCACUUCAAUGAUCUUUGUUUUAUUACACACAAACUAAUUAAACAUAUUUCUACUCAUUGUAUUUAGCUCUUUAUUUCUGUAAUAACUUUUAUUGUUUUUUUUUCUCAUAUGCAAUUCUGUGUGUGUGAUCAUCAUCUUGUAGAUAUUUCUCUUUGUGUGUGCGUUCAUAAUUUUUUGUUUCGUUUCUCUUACUUUUUUUUUUUUUUUGCCAUUUUGGUUAGAAAAAAAGAGCAUUUUUUUCUGUAAUUAUACUCUGCUUUUGUUUAAUAAAUCUACUCUGCUGCAUACCCCACCUUAAAAAUAAAGUAGAAACGAAAAGAAAUAUAAAAAAAUAAUUGUGCUGGAUUGUUUGUGUGGUAGCAGUAAAUAAAAAUAAUAAUAAUAAAAAAAAAGUAAAAUUAUUUUACACAAUAUCAUCAUAUCAUAGUCUCUUGUCUUAAGAGAACUGGCUGUUGACUAACGUCAAAAAAGAAGCAAAAAAAAAAAACACAUUUUGUUGUUCUUCGUUCAUUUUUUUUUUUUUUGUAUUUUACUCAUUAUAAUUUAUUCGUUUUAAAUAUUUGUGUCAUGAUGUUUCAAAGCGACUUUCAUAGAAAGAAGAAUUUUGCAAAUCCAAAUUUGUUUAAAAACUCUACCACACAAAAGGAGAAUGCUCCAGCUGCUGCUCAACCUACACCAGCAGCCGGCCGUCCUGAAGCCAAAGAGGAAACCAAUACCAAACCCGAUCAAGAGGAGGUUCGCCCUGAACAUUUGUUCAAACAUCCCCUACAGAACACCUGGACUUUGUGGUAUUUAGAAAAUGAUCGUACUAAAUCAUGGGAAGACAUGCAAAAUGAAAUAACCAGCUUUGAUACCGUUGAAGAUUUCUGGAGCCUAUACAAUCACAUUAAGCCCCCAUCUGAUAUUAAAGCUGGCAGCGAUUAUUCUCUAUUCAAGAAAGGCAUUCGGCCAAUGUGGGAAGAUGCUGCUAAUAAACAAGGUGGUCGUUGGGUUAUUACAUUAAAUCGUUGUCCAAAACCUGAAUUGGAUAAUUUGUGGUUAGAUGUGCUUUUAUGUUUAAUUGGUGAAGCUUUCGAUCAUUCAGAUCAAAUUUGCGGUGCCGUAGUCAAUAUACGUAAUAAAAAUAAUAAAAUUUCUAUUUGGACUGCUAAUGGCAACAAUGAAGAAGCCGCUUUAGAGAUUGGCCAUAAAUUGAGAGAAGCUUUGCGUUUGGGUCGUCAAAAUUUGCAAUAUCAGCUGCACAAGGAUACAAUGGUUAAAACGGGCUCAAAUGUUAAAUCCGUUUAUACAUUGUAAAUGAAUUAUGUUUUUUCUUAAAUGUUUUUGUUCGAAAAACACAUGUUUGAGGAUGGUAGAGUAAUCAAAGAAAAAGAAAAGAAGAAUACCCAAUAACAACUAUAUUGUCUUAGUAUACAUUGUCAUAAAACAUAUGCACACAAAACAGCAACAACAGGAAACUACCCCCAUACUCACACUUUUAUACAUACUACUACUACUAAUAUUAAACCUACAACUUCCUCUUCUGUAAUUAAAAUUUUUCUGCAAUUAUCUUGUGCAUGUGCUGAACUGUCCCUUAAUUUGCUAAUAUUUUUGAGCCUUAGUUUUGGCACCAGCUGAAAUUAGGAAAAUAUAACAAGAAACAUUCAACGAAAAAACAAAAAUUAAAGCAAAACAAAAUACCUUUCACUUUAAAACUAACAAGCAGAAAAAAAAUUUGAUUGUAUUUCCAUUAAAAAUUCUCCCUAAACUACUCGAAGAUUAACAGGAAAAGCAAAAACAAAUCAGUGCUGGUUUUUAUUAACAUCAUUUUAUUAUUGGUAAAGAAAAUUUGUAAACUUUUUUGUUAAAAAAGCCGGUCUUUGGCAAAUUUUCUAAAAAUUUGAAUUCCAAAAAAAAAAAAAUAUUU